UUACUUGUUUAUCUGAAAUUCAGAUUUAACCGUACAUCCUGUAUUUUCUCUGGCAGCCUUAGCAUUGAGCGUCCCCCUGUCCUGUGCUCAUAUUCAGUGGCAAGGCUGGGAUCUUUCAGGCUCUUGUCCAUCUGGGAAAUAGAUAUAAAGCUAUAGGGACCAUCUGUCUUAGUUGCUAGGAUGCUUUUAACCCCAAGCCUAAUGGGCAAGCCUCACGGGUCCCCCUGGCAAAAACUGGACCCAUUUUCAGAAUUCCCAUGACCAUGCCCUCUGUGUUCCCUUUCACAACAGAAGUCCGGCACAGCUGUCUUCUCCUAUGGGAGAGCUGAGAACUAGGCAGGCAGAAUGGCCAGAGUCUAGAAGUAACCACCUUCUUUGGGUGUGGGGUAAACUGGUGUUUGAGAUCGUCUCUGUUAGAGUGGACAGUAUCAGAGAACCUGAGAGUGUCAAGGGGAGAGCUUAGUGUUAUCUCACCUCAUGUCUCAUUUUGCUGAUGAGGCCAAUGAGAGAAAUGGAGGUGUCCCAGGCACUCAGAAAACCGGUAGUAGAGCUGCAACCUCAAUUCCCAAGCCUCCUUACCCUGCUCAGUCCUUACUUGCUGAUGAAGUCAGCUUGCAGCAUUUAUGGUAGGCAUUUAUUAAAGUAGGUACAAUAGUACAUCUGUGGUACAGAUGAGCUCUUUGGGUCUUUGUUGUCCCUACACCUCUCUACAGGUUCCUGACCUUCAGCCCAAGGCUUCUUUAGCUUUUACUCUGCCCAGUGGGGAAAACAGCUUUUUGGGCUCAGCUUUGGGAGCUUGGCCUUUGCCUACUUCAGCCCCUGGGCUCUCACCACUGUGGGUGGUGUGACCUAGGACUUGUUUUUGUUGUCUUGGAACCAGAAGGGGUGUUCUUGGCAGGGUUGGGUCUGGCCAGCUAUGUGGGUAGAAGGGCAUCCUUUUCUGUCCUGCAAUUAGGCUUCAUGGCACAUGGCCUCACAUGGUGCCUGGGGACUUUCCUAAGGUUCCACCAUGAGCCAGACUUUGUUCCAAAUCCUGAUUUAAACCUGAACUUCUUGCUAAACUGGUCCAGAAUACUGGGAUUCCUCAGAUUGUAUGCCCUAAGGAUGUGCUGUGGGCUUAAUCUGAUAAACUUUUAGCCUCUUUUAGCCUCCUAUAGCCCCUGACUUCCCAGGCUCCUAAUCCCAGUCUCAUAAGAUAAUAAAAUAGAAUAGGCUGGAGGUCAAUGGGCUCAGGGUCAGCUGGUGGGACAAUCAACAGCCUCCUGGCAGCAGAGGUGGUAAAGAGGCAAGGAAAGAGUGCCAGAAAGGGGCGUUGCCCCUGGGUAAGAGCUCAGAAAUGCAGGGGGUGGAAAAGGGGUGGGAUGGGAUCCCACUGGUAGAAAUUACUCCCUCUGUCAAUGAUUAACUCCCAGCCAAAGGGAUGGCCUAGGAGGAGGGCCCAGCUAAGAGGAACUUUGGACUUGAGGCAGGGUAUCCAGAGAGCCGGCGUGUGGUCUGCAGAAGAGAAGGACAUGGCUGAGUGGCAGGGCUGGUCUCCAAGGACUGGAGUGAGAUCCUGCAGCUGUGGGCUUCAAGAAGUCUCCUGGGACUAUCAGAUGGCUCCUUCUUGUAGCAGCAGCUGUGGAGUCCACUGGCCCUGAGCCCUGAGAGGGGUAGCUGUGGGGGACCUCCUGUCCUUUACCUUGCAAGGGCCUCAGUUGUGCUUUUUCCCACUAGGCAGCCAUGGGUGCCAGGCAGUGCUGAGAGCAGUGGGGCAUGGCUGCAGCCCUGCAGGUUCUGCCCCGCUUGGCCCGAGCCCCCUUGCAUCCAUUCCUGUGGGGGGGCCCAGUGGCCCGGCUGGCCAGCAGCAUGGCCUUAGCAGAGCAGGCGCGGCAGCUGUUUGAGAGUGCUGUGGGUGCAGUGCUGCCGGGCCCCAUGCUGCACCGGACACUGUCCUUGGAUCCUGGUGGCAGACAGCUGAAGGUGCGGGACCGGAACUUUCAGCUGAAGCAAAACCUGUACCUGGUGGGCUUUGGCAAGGCUGUGCUGGGCAUGGCAGCUGCAGCUGAGGAACUACUGGGCCAGCAUCUCGUGCAGGGCGUGAUCAGCAUUCCCAAGGGGAUCCGUGCUGCCAUGGAGCGUGCCGGCAAGCAGGAGAUGCUACUGAAGCCACAUAGCCGUGUCCAGGUAUUUGAGGGUGCAGAGGACAACCUCCCGGACCGUGAUGCACUGAGAGCUGCAUUGGCCAUCCGGCAGCUGGCCGAGGGACUCACAGCUGAUGACCUGCUGCUCGUACUGAUCUCAGGUGGGGGAUCAGCCCUGCUGCCUGCCCCCAUCCCACCUGUCACACUGGAAGAGAAACAGACACUCACCAAACUGCUGGCGGCCCGUGGAGCCACCAUCCAGGAGUUGAAUACCAUUCGGAAGACCCUGUCCCAGCUCAAGGGUGGGGGGCUGGCUCAAGCCGCCUACCCUGCCCAGGUGGUGAGCCUCAUCCUGUCCGACGUGGUGGGGGACCCUGUGGAGGUGAUCGCCAGUGGCCCCACUGUGGCCAGUUCCCACAGUGUGCAAGAUUGCCUGCAUAUCCUCAACCGCUAUGGCCUCCGUGCAGCCCUGCCACGUUCCGUGAAGACUGUGCUAUCUCGGGCCGACUCUGACCCCCAUGGGCCACACACCUGUGGCCAUGUCCUGAAUGUGAUCAUUGGCUCUAAUGUGCUGGCACUGGCUGAGGCCCAGCGGCAGGCCGAGGCACUGGGCUACCAGGCUGUGGUGCUUAGUGCAGCCAUGCAGGGUGAUGUGAAAAGUGUGGCCCAGUUCUACGGGCUGCUGGCCCAUGUGGCUAGAAGCCGCUUCACCCCAUCCAUGGCUGGGGCUUCUGUAGAGGAAGAUGCACAGCUCCGUGAGCUGGCAGCUGAGCUUCAGAUCCCAGACCUGCAGCUGGAGGAGGCUCUGGAGACCAUGGCUCAGGGAAGGGGCCCAGUCUGCCUGCUGGCGGGUGGCGAGCCCACAGUGCAGCUGCAGGGCUCAGGCAAGGGUGGCCGGAACCAGGAACUGGCCCUGCGUGUUGCAGCAGAGUUCAGAAGGUGGCCACUGGGACCUAUAGAUGUGCUGUUUCUAAGUGGUGGCACUGAUGGGCAGGAUGGACCCACAGAGGCUGCUGGGGCCUGGGUCACACCUGAGCUUGCCAGCCAGGCUGCAGCUGAGGGCCUGGACAUGGCCACCUUCCUAGCCCACAAUGACUCACAUACCUUCUUCUGCCGUCUCCAGGGCGGGGUGCACCUGCUGCACACAGGGAUGACAGGUACCAAUGUCAUGGACACCCACCUCUUGUUCCUGAGGCCUCGGUGAUGGCAUAGGUUACAUUCUGGGAGUUCAGAGGAGGCCUCCAAGGGCAAGGUCAGAUGGCAGACCAAGGUUGCUCCUCAGGGCCUCACUAGGCUUUAGGGCCCCUCCUUGGCCUUGGCUGCUUGGUUGGCUGUCACCUCUCACUCAGGGCCUCUGCUCUAUGUCCAUUCCCCUCCAGCCAGACUGGCAGAUGGGGGCUCCCCUCUAUCCCUACUCUCUGGAUGGCAGCAGGUACCCCUGAGGAUGAGGACAAGCACCUCAUCUAGUUCACUGUUCCCAUGCUUCUCCCUAGACAGCCUUUCUGUUGAACCCCUCACCCUGUUUUUUUCUGUGAAGCGAAAAUUUCUGAAAUAAAUAGGACUAUGCCAUGGGUUCUCAGUGUGCCUUCCUCAGAGUGAGGCCUCACAGAGGAGCUGCUGGAAGGGGAGCCUAGUAUGGCUGCAGCCACAGUGCCAGAGCCUGGCAGAACUCUUAACACCCCUCUGCUGGGCUGAGUUAUACAGGACUUGCCUCACAUCACGGGAGCCUGUGCCUGUCUCUCUGGAGCAUGUGAGGGUUGAGCCUGGCUCCUGACAGCUUUGGUGUGUGUGAGCAGAGACCCUGGGGAGGACAGGCCUAAGGACUGCAGUCUGGGUGACUGGCCACCCACCCAACCAUGACUCCGCAGUGGCACCAUUACUAUGGCCUCUCCGGCCUCAGUCUGGCCUCGUUGGAUGGACGUCCCUUCUGCCUUUGGACAGCCCUUAGCUACAGACUGCACUUCUGGUUGAGUUGAAGUUUGUUCCGCUGCCCAGUGCUCAUUCCUUGUGACAGCCCUUGUCCUAGGCCGAACAUCCCCAGUUCCUUCAGCCACUCCUCUGGGGACCAAUCCAGACUCUGAUGUCAGUCAACCCUUUAGUGGGGGGUCUCAGCGCUGGGAUGGGGUCCAGGUAGUGACAAGGUCCAGUGGCCCGCACCCUUUCCCGUGACCACUGGCGUGCGAAGAGGCAAGUGGGAGUAGAGGAAUGGCUGCCUUGGCCUGGCCAGCAGCCUGGGUUGAGAGAGGGAGGUGCCACUGUCCUGCCUCCCUUCGGGCUCCCUUGCUCAGUGUCAGAGCCCUCCGCUGGCUGUCCCCGCCGUGCGCCACGGCUCCAAUCCCUAUAUGAAUGAGCAGUAGAAUCACAUAGGAAUAAAAAGCCAUAGAGAACAACG